AAGUGAGUGGAAAAGUAAAAGUCCUUAUACUAAGGAAUCACUCGAAGACUAUCUAAAAGAAUCUUCAAAUGAAUUACUCAACGAACUUUGCGAAAAAUGCAAUGAAAUGAAGCCGAUCUCGAGUUUUCUUCUGUACAAGAAGUCACCAUUAGAAGAUCAUAUAGACAUAAAACCUACUAUCGAGAUCAAAUUGAGCAAAGAAUGGAAUAAUUAUUACAGAGUGUUUGGUACUUGGAAAUGUCAACGUUGCUCAAAUAGGUGGAAAAGCGCUCAUACUUACAUAUCACUCCAAAAGUUUAUAGAAAAGUCCCGUUUAGAUAAGGAUGAUUUUUACAUGCAAAAAUGUAAAAACUGUGAAGAAGAGAACAAUGAUAAUUGUGUCAUCUCGAGUUACAAACCUCUUAAUAAAUCUGACCGAGUUCGGGACACCCCUCAUGAAGCUGGAUUAUGUGCCAAGUGUUUGAGUGGCGCUUACUGUGUUCAUGACACAUUCGUUCCUGGUAAACUUGCAAAUGAUUUUUUUUUUUAAAAAAAAAGAAAAG